UCACAUGUUUUGUAUUUGUGUCAUUCAAAACAUCUGUGAGUGUGUUCGAAUUGUUUGUGUUGAACAAAUGUUUCAAAAUUAAAGGAUUGCCAAGUUGUCGCAAGUUAAAAUUUCUUUCAUUAAGUUCUGUGAAAAAUGUGCACAAUUAAAUAAGAAAUUUGUGAUUCGACCGCUAGUUAUUAUGGCCAACAGAUUAAGUAACAACCCAUUCGUUGCACUUUUCGGUUCUGUAGAAGCUGCAGAAAGAUAUAUAAGUUUAAGAGAGAGUGGAUUGUUGAGGCUAUUAGAGUACCGACCGAGAGCUGAGAGGAAAGUGGUUGCCAACGAAAACAGAGGCGUUUCAAAUGAUCGACGACUACAAGUAGAAACAGAGAGACCUGUAUUCAAUGAGGAAAAUAGCCCUCGUGACAUGACCAAAGGAAUAGAAACAUGUAUUACGGAUUGCUCUUCCCGGAUAACAGAAGAACUUAAGAAAACUGGCAUUGCAAGAUUGACAGAGGAAAUUUUUGGCUUUACUGUGAAUAAAGUUGUAGAUGAAGGAAAAAGUCUUAUUUUUCUUGAAGAUCUUGCGUCAGAAAUUGCCCCCAAAAAUUGGAUUGAUAUGGAAGUGUUGGAACAGGCAUUAUUCCAGAGGCUUUUGUUGGAGGAACCCAGUACAUAUUUGCUGAAUAAAACUGUUAAUCGGCUUGAGAGAAGUGUCAAUCAUGUGACUGAGAAAGAAGUUAUUUCAUAUUUAUUUGAAUGUUAUAAAAGGCUUUGUAGUCCAUUAAUUCCAAAGGAUGUGAAAGAAGAAGAAAUUGAGGAAGUUAAAAACCUGAUUUUGAGAAAUGCUGCAACGGCUCUUAGGCAACCUGCCCUGUUUGAAGCCCAGGAACUACAUCUCCAGAUUAUUAACCUGUUCAGGGAUACAAGCGCUCCACCUGAAGACUUCAUUAAUUUUUUCAGUGGCAUUUCAGAACAAUUUGUAAAGGAUGAAAGUGAACCUAUAAAUGCUCUUCUGGAAGCUUUUACACCUACUCUCGAUUUUAUACAAGAUGAUGUAGCACAAAGCAAUAUUAUUACCUUUAAUCAAUGUUAUUUACAUAUUUUACAGACAUUUUCUGUGAGUCCUGAGUUAGGUGCAGUACUUUUGUUGCAUAGUACCCCAAAAGAGACAAGCCGUGGUAGGUUAUAUGCUGAUACUCUGAUUGGUAGUAUUUUAUCAUUAUCUUGUUUACCAAAAACUCCGAAUGGGCCAUAUGAAUUUUUCCAGGAUCCUUUACAAUCUCCAGAUAUAGAAGGAGGAAAUAUAUGGCCAGCAUUAUCAUUCAUUUGUGAAAAUAUGCACAAAAUAUUCUAUAAUCUCUUGAAAUCGUCAACUCAGUUGAAACAUGAGACUUUAUCUUGGUUGGCAAACUGUCUGCACUCAAAUUCAGCUCGAGGAAAACUAUGGACUGCUCACAACUUAGGCCUUGGCGCACCAGCUUGUGUUUCAGAUGGCUUCAUGCUUAAUCUUGGCUGUGUUUUAUUGCAUUUGUGUCAACCAAUCUGUUCAAACCUGAAUGAUCUAAAAGUAAAUCGCAUUGACCCUACCUAUUGUGCUGUAAAAGUCAAAGAUGAUGCUGAGGCCCAUUACAGAGGUGUGCACAUGAAAGGACUUGAUUCAGAGACAUGCCUUAUACCUAUUGCAGAAGAUGAACAGAGGCCUACUACAGAAAAAUAUAGUUUUGUCACAGAAUGUUUUUUUAUGGCACAUCGAGCAUUAGAUUUGGGAUUCAGGGUUGCUCUGGAACGUCUUAUGCAAUUAUAUCGUGAAGUAACUCAAAUACAAAGAGUUUUUGUGGAAGUACAAGAACAAGGAAGCUUCCAGUCAGAAGUAGUACAGACAAUACGACAACGCUUGGAAAGAGAGAUGACGAGAUGUUUCAGCAUACGGGCAGCAUUGUUGGAACCUCAUUCACUGUCACUUAUGGUGCAGUUUCAUGUGGCGACAGCUGUAUGGCUGGUGCAGGUGGCCACUGAUGCAGCUAAUGAGACCGAACGAAUAUCAUUCAUGCCAGCCAAGUUGCGAGACAUCACCUUUCCAUUGCCAGAACAGGUGCCAUCAACACUAAGCUGUGUUCCUGAAUUCCUGAUUGAGAAUACUGUUGGAUUUCUAAGUUUCUUACGGCGAUUUAAUCCAAGAACACUGGAAGAGCAAGGAUUUGAUUUUUUGAGUCCAAUAUUAACAGAGGUAUUAGUGUUUAUGGGGUCUCAGCAAAGGAUGCGUAAUCCUCAUUUAAGAGCACGAUUGGCAGAGUGUUUAGAGUCACUACUUCCUCAUCAUAAAGAGAAUCCAGCUUUCAGCACCAGUUCAUAUGGAGCAUUUUUUCGUGAACGCCUUUUUAAAGAACAUCCUCAUCGCAAUCAGAUAGUGCGCAGUCUUCUGGAAGUUUUUGUGGGAAUUGAAAUGACAGGUCAGAGUGUUGCUUUUGAACAGAAAUUCAAUUACAGACGUCCUAUGUAUGUUGUAAUGGAUUAUUUAUGGCAAAUUGAAGAGCACAAGGACUGUUUCAGGCAGCUGGCUGCUGAGGCUGAGAGCAAUAUGGAAGCUGUAUCUCCACCCAUCUUUCUGCGUUUCAUUAAUCUUCUAAUGAAUGAUGCUGUAUUCCUCUUGGAUGAAGCACUUAGCAACAUGGCUCAGUUGAGGCAGAUGCAAGCAGCAAGAGAUUCUGGAGAAUGGAGACAACUUCCAACUCACGAACAAGAACAGAAUGAAGCACUGUUUCAAAAUACUGGCAUGAUUGCACGGUUUGAUAACAUCUUAGGUCGUGAAACAAUACAUACUCUGGAGUUUUUAACAUCGGAAAUCACUUCAAUUUUCACACAUCCUACAAUGGUUGAUCGAAUUGCUGCAAUGCUAAAUUAUUUCCUUUGUCAUCUGGUUGGACCAAAGAAGAAAAAUUUUAAGGUUAAAGAUCAGAAGGAAUAUGAAUUUGACCCUGCAGCUAUCGUAAUGAAUAUCUGCAAGAUAUAUGUGCAUUUAUACAACAGUGAUGAAUUCUGCACAGCAGUCUCCUCAGAUGGUCGUUCCUACAGUCCACAACUUUUUCAGCUAGCUGAGGAUGUUUUAGCUCGCAUUGGAGGGGGUGCUCUUAUCACCGAUCUACAGUUAGUUGCGAGCAAAGUGGCUAUGAUGGCUUCUCGUCAAAAAACUGAAGAGGAGAUACUAGCUGAAGCACCUGAAGAAUUCUUGGACCCUAUUAUGUCUACUCUAAUGAUGGAUCCUGUGAUCUUGCCUUCAUCAAGGAAAACUGUUGAUCGCUCAACAAUUGCCAGGCAUCUGCUGAGUGAUCAGACUGACCCGUUCAACCGCUCUCCAUUAACUAUGGAUCAAGUCAAAACUGAUGAGGAGCUCAGACUCAAAAUUGAAGCAUGGGUGAGAGAGAAGAAAGAACAGCAUCAGAAUAAUUGAAGUGGCUGAAGAUUUAUUGUGCACUCAUACAAAAAGACACAAUCAUUUUUUAAUCAUACUUUCAUCUUAUACUGUUGAUAUAUGUAAUCAAUAAAUAUAUAUUUUUCAAAACACA